UCUGCUUUGUUGCCACGGAUAGUUUUCUGCUCGGGCAUGGCUGUGCUCAAACUCAGUCUCAAACCCAUAAGUCAGGUUUUUGUCUUGUAGAAGAGCCAGCAGGUUUUGCUUCACAUUUAGGAAUAAGGUUACCUCGGCACUGAAAUGGUGCACCAGCUUUCUGUGUAGGAGCAGUGCGCGGUCUUUUCGGCAGUGUGAUACAAGAGCUUCUGUGGCGAAAUCAUCCUAUUAGGUUUUUGUUUUUUUUUUGAAGCAUGGCGGCCUCCGUCUCGGGUUCGAUGUUGUCCUAUUCCGGUUGCAGCGCGCAGAACUCAUAUCCAUCUAGCUUUGCUCACAGUACAAGGCAAUGGAAGUCAAAAUUGGGGAAUCCAUUUAAAGGUGCGGAAGUAAAGCAGAACUGUGGAUCUAUAACUCGUCGAAAUGGACAGCUUCCUCGAUGCAGAGCAGCUUGGCAGGAGCUAGCAGGAGUAGUAGUCUUCUCUGCGCUCCCAUUCACCUUAGUUAAAGCCAUCGCCAACAGUUCCAUUGGGGAGCAACUCCAGCAACGUAUGCUGAAGACGAAGAAGGCUGCUCAGGAAGCUGCAGGCGAGGCUCGUGAAGCUCAAAGUAAUGUAAGAGAUGAGAGUAUGUGGUACAGGGAAGGUCGCCCAAAGUGGUUAGGUCCAAUACCAUAUGAUUAUCCAGAUCAUCUUCAGGGAGAGGCUCCAGGUGACUACGGGUUUGAUAUCUUAGGACUGUCUCGUGAUCCUACAGCUUUCGAAAGAUAUUUCAACUUUGAGAUCUUGCAUGCUCGCUGGGCAAUGCUUGCUGCUUUGGGUGUAGUAAUCCCGGAGCUUCUGGACCGCUUUGGUGGAGUCCAAUUUUCGGAGCCUGUUUGGUGGAAAGUGGGAUAUGCUAAACUUCAGGGUGACACACUUGAUUACCUGGGUAUUCCUGGCCUGCACAUUGCUGGUGCUCAAGGAAUUCUUGUUAUUGCAUUCUGUCAAGUCAUUCUCAUGCUUGGACCAGAGUAUGCAAGAUACUGUGGCAUUGAGGCAUUAGAACCGCUGGGAAUCUUCCUACCAGGCGACGUGAACUACCCAGGCGGGGCUUUGUUCGAUCCUCUGGGCCUAACCAAAGACGCCGCGGCCUUCGAGGACUUGAAAGUGAAGGAGAUGAAGAACGGCCGUCUUGCAAUGGUGGCGUGGUUAGGAUUCUAUGUGCAAGCUCUCGUUACACAGAAAGGACCCAUAGAUAACCUUUUCGAUUUUCUUGAGGACCCCUUGCACCAGAACCUAUUCGCUUAUGCUUUCCAUCAGUAAGCUUGUGUCGUCUUUGACUGCUUGGUGUUACCAUGUUUCAAAGCAUAGCCCAUUCAUUACUUGCACUCUGCUUCAAGCACAUACUCUACACUGAAUCUAUGAGACUUGUUCAAUGGAAAUCUAAAAUAUUCCUGUGAGUUAGUAAUUUCCCCCACACCUGCUUCCCAUUCACGUUAAAAGAUGCUAAAAAUUUCGUCAUGCCUACAGAUUAGUUGAUGCCGAAGUCGGUUCAAUUUCCAUGGGCUUCAUUUCUGCUCAGAUUGGACUUGUCCUGGAUACUGUUCUGUUGAAUAGAAGGUAGGAUUACCUGGAAUCAAAUGGUCAAAUCUUCCAGGUACCUCCGCCCAACCGCUAAACUACUGGAAGCGUGCAAAGGACUUCAGUAAUUGAUGAUAGACUCUGACAUAGAUAUUUUAUAGACUGCGAUGGAAGUUGACCAGUAUUUGUACUUUAGACACAGCCUUCCACCACAAAUUUCUAGCUUGUUCUAAACUUGUCUUUUUUGGAAGCCCUGGAUGCUCAGCAGUUGUGGGAUUCGGGUAAUUCCCUCACAGGUUGGCCUAGGGAGUAGAGAAAUACUAAGAUUUUAAUUACUGAGAA